UGUAGGGUUCCUCCAACGUUCACUAUCGUCUCUCUCUCUCUCUCUUCCACUGUGAAACUCAAAAAAAAGAAGAAAAAAAAGAAAAAAAAAGGAAAAAAAAAAGGAAAAAGAAAACUUCGUACCAAUUUCUCCCUCUCUUCUUCUCCGGCGAACCAAAUCCCUUAAUCCUCAUCGGAGUAUCGUAGAUUUCCUUUACUAAUCGGGGAGAGGGGGGUUUGAGUUCGUCUCUUUGGUAUUCAAAUCAUGUCGCUUAGACCCAACGAGAGGGCUGAGGUUCGGCGGAACCGGUACAAGGUUGCGGUGGAUGCUGAUGAAGGUCGGAGAAGAAGGGAGGAUAAUAUGGUUGAGAUUCGGAAGAAUCGUAGAGAGGAGAGUCUGCAGAAGAAGAGGCGUGAGGGUCUUCAAGCCCAGCAACUCCAAACUUCCACUCACUCAUCGGUAGUAGAAAAGAAGUUGGAAUAUCUUCCUUCCAUGGUUGCGGGUAUUUGGUCUGAUGAUGGUAGUCUGCAACUUGAAUCGACUACUCAGUUUAGGAAACUUCUUUCGAUUGAGCGUAGUCCCCCAAUUGAAGAAGUUAUACAGGCAGGAGUUGUUCCUCGUUUUGUUGAAUUUCUGAUGAGAGAGGAUUUUCCACAACUUCAGUUUGAAGCUGCUUGGGCUCUUACAAAUAUUGCUUCGGGAACAUCAGAAAACACUAAGGUGGUCAUCGAUCAUGGGGCUGUGCCAAUAUUUGUGAAGCUUCUUGGUUCUCCAAGUGAUGAUGUCCGGGAGCAGGCUGUAUGGGCAUUAGGAAAUGUUGCUGGGGACUCUUCAAGAUGUCGUGAUUUGGUUUUAGGUCAUGGAGCAUUGGUUCCUUUAUUAGCACAGUUGAACGAGCAAGCUAAGCUUUCUAUGCUGAGAAAUGCUACUUGGACAUUAUCAAAUUUUUGCAGGGGCAAGCCACAACCUGCUUUUGAUCUGGUCAAACCAGCACUUCCAGCUCUUGCUCGUCUUAUACAUUCGAAUGAUGAAGAAGUUUUGACUGAUGCUUGCUGGGCACUUUCAUACCUUUCUGAUGGUACAAACGACAAAAUUCAAGCUGUUAUUGAGGCAGGUGUUUGCCCUCGUCUCGUCGAGCUCUUAAUGCAUCCUGCUCCUUCUGUUCUUAUUCCUGCCCUUCGAACUGUGGGAAACAUUGUUACUGGUGAUGAUUUGCAAACUCAGGUUAUUAUCCAACAUAAUGCCCUACCUUGCCUGCUAAAUUUAUUGACAAACAAUCACAAGAAGAGCAUCAAGAAAGAAGCUUGCUGGACUAUAUCUAAUAUUACGGCUGGGAACAAGGCACAGAUUCAGGCCGUUAUAGAUGCCAAUAUAGUUGCUCCCCUUGUUCAUCUGCUCCAAAAUGCCGAAUUUGAUAUUAAGAAAGAGGCUGCAUGGGCAAUCUCAAAUGCCACAUCUGGAGGCUCUCAUGAUCAGAUAAAGUAUCUAGUAAAUCAAGGUUGUAUCAAACCUCUGUGCGAUCUUCUAAUUUGCCCUGAUCCUAGGAUCGUCACAGUUUGUUUAGAAGGGCUCGAAAAUAUCUUGAAGGUAGGAGAAGCUGAAAAGAACACAACUAAUACAGGAGGUGUUAAUCUAUAUGCUCAAUUGAUUGACGAUGCUGAGGGGCUAGAGAAAAUUGAGAAUCUACAGAGUCAUGACAACACCGAAAUUUAUGAAAAGGCAGUGAAGAUCCUCGAGACCUACUGGUUGGAAGAGGAAGAUGAGACUAUGCCACCAGGUACUGAUCCCCAAGCUGGAUUCAAUUUUGGUGGCGAUCGACCUGUCGUACCAUCUGGGGGAUUCAACUUUGGCUGAGAAGGUACAUUUUCUUUCAUUCUGUUGCGUACUUCCAAGACUGGAGUCGAUCAACUCUCAUUUCGUGUUCUUGCCCUGGGUUGAAAGUUCGAGAAAAAAAUCAUCUCUCCUACUAAUUGCAGGCUUUCCCCGAGGCUAUUUCGACAACAUCUCCAGUCACAUCGGGUCAGGUCAGGCGUGUUAUGUUGUUGUUUGCCUUUGCUUAUCCCAGUCUCAGUUAUAUUUUAGCGUGUUGGUUGACUGGGUUGAAUGCUUUUUAUAUGAGUUUGGGAUUGACUGGUGAUGAGACAGUGGAAUAUAUAUAUACUAUAUCAAUCGGUAAUAUAGUUUCCACAGAUCUGAGAAAUCGGAGCGAUUUCAUUUGGGCAAACUGUGAUUUUUUAUUGUUUUUUCUUAGUUGGUCUACUUGUCAGAAACAUGGAGUCUAAGCAUUGUUUUUUCCCUCCCUUUUUACAUCAUUACGCUCUUAUAUUUUUUUGUUCAUAGUUUUUUCCGUAGAGCAACUUUUAGAAUUAUAGCAGAUACCAUUUUGGCUA